AUGACGCGCAACUCUUUCGACGGCAGUUCUACGCCCGCGCCCGUCUCACACCAGGAACUGCAGUCUGCCGUGGAGAAACUCAACGCAGAGGUAACUAACCUGGCCAAGGUUAUAGAGAAUGGGCUCGCCGAAUUGGAUAAAGACAUCGAAAAAGCUCUUCAAACCAUGAAGCAGCGCAUGGAGAAUCUGAGUCUUCAGAUGGACAAGAAGACUGUUGAAAAUGCGGAAACCCAGCGGCCGAGCACUCAGAGCUUGGGUCUGCUGGCCAAGGUCCAGGAGCCAAUUGCGGCACAACAUAUCCAGAAAAGCUCUCUUUCCAAUCGCGGCCCCCAGGCCCGCCCAGCCGAACGUGGGAAGCACUGGAUGGUUGUCGGGUACGCAAAUGACAAACGAAGGCAGGAGAACGUCAAACGCGCUGCCAAAGACGGAGCCAACGCAGUCCUUAUGCCCUUGAUUGACACCCACACGUGCCUAGACAUCGAACCUUUUCCGGCAACCCGUGAGGACUUUUGGUCGAUUGAUGAAUCCGAGACCAUGCGAUUGGCGAAGGCCCUUGAUAUCACCACAGAGGGCAGGCCGAUGGGUCGUAUCAUGCAUGACUUGUUCGAGACCAUUAUCGGCCCGCUUCCAUCCAGGUAA